CUAACUUAUGACUUGAAUAGUGCUCUGUCAUACCCUCCUAUGGCUCUUAUGCAUAAAGUAUGCAGCACUGCGUGCAAGCCUCCUAAGAUAAGAUGAAUGCCCCACAUAAACAGUUUCCAUGACAAUGUUAUCUUUAUCGAACAUAUCUAGUUGGAUCUGGCCCAAUAAGGGUCAUCAUCCUGAACCAGUAGGAUUCCCGAGCGAUGUUGCAUUUCGGCCUUUUCCGCGGAAGGGAGACUUCGCUGAAUGCAACAUGUAACAGCCCUACUGGAAUCUAUUUCCGCUUAGGAAUUCCAUUGAUGUCACCGAUCUCCGGCCAAUGCUGGGGAUUUUAGCCCUAUAUAUGCUUAUAAUGUGGACUACGCCUUUACAAUGGAUAUGUAUUGCGACCAGUUUAUAUUUGGCCAUUUCUAUCACCUCGUCGGACUUCCGAGGCUUAUCGUCAAGAUGUUGCAGACCAUUGGAAUAGGACCAGAUCCAGUGGGCAAGGAUGAAUCGAGAGACUCAGCGGCAUGCCACCAUAUCAUUCAGCAAACCUUGAACCAUCUUAGCAUGACAGGACCCCUACUAGGAGACUCCAUAUCGCCCAAUAGGCGACGGGCGCUCUUUGAGACAACCAAGCGAGUACUUGCCAGUGCGAUAAACGAUGGCAUAGCCUGCGCAACCCUUGAGUCAUGUAACAGCCCGAGUCUGCUGUUGUGCUUACGCAGUCCCGGAGGAGCCAUGGCCAGUGAUGAAGACGCUUGGAUCAAGUGCGGUAUGCGAGCUGACGCAUAUGUCGAAACAGACGGCGGCAGGGUUGUUGGAUUUGUGCGGGCAGACGAUCUCCUUGGACCUGUGCUAACCCAAAACCUCAACGGCGAGAUAUCAGAGGAGCUUGACCCUGGUGUGAUUUGCGGUGUUAUCUACCGCUGGCGUUCUCGCCAAGAUGAAAGUGACGCAGUAGAGAUACUUGUAAAGGAGGUGCGGAAUUCUGCGAGCAAUCAAGAGAAGUGGCUGGAGAUGGCCAGUACUCUGCCCAUCCUUCAUCUGAAGUCUUCACUAUGUGAUUGGGAGCAAUCCGUCGUAUCUGGACACCCUACCCAUCCGCUACACCGAACGUGCCUUGCCCAACCACCCCUAGUUCCUAUCGCGCCCGAUGACAUCCCUUAUCUACUAGAGCCCGAACUAUCGUUCCUCUGCGUUCCAAAGUCAGACAUGAAAGUCUUCGGACCAUUCCAGUCACUUCUGGACCCACUCUUGAGAUCACUCGGGAUUCCUAAGCCCGAUGAUACAGUCAAUGAGAUCGUGUACCGUGUUUCAGUCGCCAGCUCCCAUGUAUCACCGCCAUUAUUCCCUAACGCACGCAUUCUAGGGACUGUCCAAAACCGCUGCCGAGCACAACUCUCUAUGCGGACGGUCUCUAUGAUGCCGGUCGUGGGCAGCUCUCCGACCAUUUCUCCCAAUGCUGCAGCCUUAGCAACUGCAGUGGGGAUUAUCCUAAGAGAUCUGCUUCCCCCGGAUUUAUGGAUCUUCGAAGAGGCAGCUUCCAUUACGGGUGCCCAGGAAGACUUUCAGAAAGCAUGCCAAUUAACAUGUAUUAUCCGAAAAAGUCCAGAACUGAGAGCGGCCGACAUCGGAGAGACACUCAUCCCAGUUGCGGGACUAAUGCAGAAGCCGUUUAACGAUUAUCGAACGUACAUGGAGAUUAUGUUUGGUCUUGAUAGCUUGAAGGAAAAGCAAACCUGGUUUAGAAAAUACCUUAUUAAAUUAUUCUCCCUCAUUCUCCCCCCUCUAGUCCGCCACGGAAUCCGCAUCGAAGCUCAUAGCCAGAAUGUCCUCGUCCGCGUCAACGUUACUAACAAGGAGAUAACCGGAUUCGCUAUUCGGGACUUUGACGGGAUCCGAAUCCAUUAUCCUACGUUUCUUCGCCAUGCCGACAAUGAGAAUGCUCUCAACGACAUUCCCCCCGGUGCUCGCACUCUUACUGAUGAUUUACAUAGCAUGUGGCACGCGGUACAUCAUUCGCUCCUUCAGGCGCAUGUGGGCCACCUUUUAUACAUGUUGGGAUUAGAAUCGAAGGGUGGAUGGCGUGUUGUGCGUGAAGAGCUAGAGAGGGCUCUGAACCCUUCCGGAGAUCCAGAUGGUCGGCUACUGUACGACUUCUGGUUGAAGGAGACGAUGCUGUCCAGGUGUUUUCUGGAGAUGCGGUUGCGGGAUGCUUAUGCGAAGUUCUAUGAGAGGGAGUUGCCGAAUAUCCUCCUCCGAGAUGCUUGAUUUCGUGUCUAGUAUGACUCGAAUCUGAAGUAUAUUUCGAGUACAUACAACAAGACAAUAUGCAUGAUCAGACGCUCCAUGUUAAUGCUUUUCAAGAAGAUCUAUCUUGUCCAUAUUUCGAUGAUCCUCCCUCCUACGCGUCAG